GUCGUAACCCUCACGAACACACGUGCUGUUGCCGCGUCUCGUAUACUCUCCCCGUCUCCUCUCUUGCUCUCUUCCUUCCACAGUGCUCGGCUCGUCGCCCCCUUAAAGCUCCUGGAUCCCUUCUCCCUGCCGCUCCCACAGUCCCACUCACUCGCUGCCACCACUACCACCGUCCCUGUUGCGCGACCAGUGCCACCCACCUCGAUCGCCUGCUCACAUGGCUCGCUGUCCCGUGGAUUCGGUGGCGUCCUAGUGAGUAGCUAGUGGGUGGGGAGCCGCUUCAUUGGUUGCGGGGUGCGCUCUGUCCAUGGCACUCUGUUUCUUGGUUCCAGAGUUCGCGUAGUGCGUGUCUUGCUGUGCUGCUCGCUCAGGGGUAGUUCCUUGCCGCGUCUUGGUACGAUGACGGCCGCAAUGGCGUCGCCCGUGGCGCGGCGGCUCUUGCUCCCGGUGGUGGUUCUAUUUGCGGUCCUCGCCACGGCGGCGGGGGUGGAAGAGGUGGAGGGCGGAGCGGCGGCGCUGCGGGAGUUCAAGCGCGCGCUGCUGGACGUGGACGGGCGCCUCUCGAGCUGGGGCGGCGCGGGCGCGGACCCGUGCGGGUGGGCCGGCAUUGCUUGCUCCGGCGGCGGCGAGGUGACGGUCAUAACGCUCCACGGCCUCAACCUCCACGGCGAACUCUCCGCCGCCGUCUGCGCGCUCCCGCGCCUCGCCGUCCUCAACGUCUCCAAGAACGCGCUCUCCGGCCCCAUCCCCACCGGCCUCGCCGCCUGCCGCACGCUCGAGGUCCUCGACAUCAGCACCAACGCCCUCCACGGCGCCGUCCCACCGGAGCUCUGCGCCCUGCGGGCCCUGCGCCGGCUCUUGCUCAGCGAGAAUCUGCUCUUCGGCGAGAUCCCCGCCGCCAUCGGCAACCUUACCGCCCUCGAGGAGCUCGAAAUCUACAGCAACAACCUCACCGGCAGGAUCCCCACCUCCAUCCGCGCGCUCCAGCGCCUCCGCGUCAUCCGCGCGGGCCUCAACGACCUCUCCGGCCCCAUCCCCGUCGAGCUCACCGAGUGCGCGAGCCUCGAGGUGCUCGGGCUCGCCCAGAACAAACUCGCCGGGACGCUGCCCCGCGAGCUAUCCCGCCUCAAGAACCUCACCACAUUGAUCUUGUGGCAAAAUGCCCUCUCCGGCGAGGUCCCGCCGGAGCUCGGGAACUGCACCAACCUCCAGAUGCUCGCCUUGAACGACAACGCCUUCACCGGCGGCGUCCCCAUGGAGCUCGGGGCGCUGCCGUCGCUCGCCAAGCUGUACAUUUACCGGAACCAGCUCGACGGCACCAUCCCACCGGAGCUCGGGAACCUGCAGAGCGCACUGGAGAUUGACCUCUCGGAGAACAAGCUCAUCGGCGUCAUCCCUGGCGAGCUCGGCCGGAUACCAACGCUCCGGCUGCUCUACCUCUUCGAGAACCGUCUCCAAGGUACCAUCCCGCCGGAGCUCGGCCAGCUGAGCAGCAUAAGAAGGAUUGACCUGUCCAUCAACAACCUCACCGGCACAAUUCCGGUGGACUUUCAGAACCUGGGCAGUUUGGAGUACUUGGAGCUCUUCGACAACCAACUCCAUGGUGCCAUCCCUCCGUUGCUGGGGGCCAACAGCAACCUCUCGGUGCUCGAUUUGUCGGACAACCAGCUGACAGGGAGCAUCCCUCGUCACCUUUGCAAGUACCACAAGCUCAUGUUCUUGAGCCUUGGGUCGAACCACCUCGUCGGCAACAUCCCUCCAGGAGUGAAGGCUUGCAGAACUCUGACGCAGCUCCGAUUGGGGGGCAACAUGCUGACCGGGAGCCUCCCUGUCGAACUGUCGCUGCUGCAGAACCUGUCAUCGCUUGAAAUGAACCAGAACCAGUUCUCCGGUCCAAUACCGCCUGAGAUUGGCAAGUUCAGGAGCAUAGAGAGGCUGAUCUUGUCCAGCAAUUACUUUGUCGGACAGAUCCCUGCUGACAUUGGAAACCUGACGGAGCUUGUUGCCUUCAACAUUUCAUCGAACCAGUUGACUGGGCCGAUUCCUCGUCAGCUAGCACGGUGUACAAAGCUUCAGAGGCUUGAUCUCAGCAGAAACUCUCUCACUGGAGUAAUUCCUCAGGAGCUCGGUGCGCUAGUGAACCUGGAGCAGCUGAAGCUAUCAGACAACAGUCUGAAUGGAACCAUUCCAAGAAGUUUUGGAGGCCUUUCACGGCUCACUGAGCUGCAGAUGGGAGGCAACAGUCUGUCUGGUCAUGUCCCGGUUGAGCUUGGCGAGCUCACUUCCCUUCAGAUUGCUCUAAAUGUAAGUCACAACAUGCUGUCUGGUGAGAUCCCUACACAGCUAGGCAAUUUGCACAUGCUGGUGUACCUGUACUUGAACAACAAUCAACUUGAAGGAGAAGUUCCUUCCUCGUUCAGUAUGCUUUCCAGCCUCCUGGAGUGCAACCUUUCUUACAACAAUCUCGUCGGGCCACUUCCCAGCACCCCAUUUUUCGAGCACCUGGACAGCAGCAGUUUCCUUGGGAACAAUGGACUUUGUGGUAUCAAAGGGAAAGCGUGUCAAGGUUCAUCAGUGUCAUCCUACUCAAGCAAGGAAGCAGCAGCGCAGAAGAAGCGCUUUCUCAGGGAGAAGAUCAUCAGCAUUGCCUCCAUUGUCAUUGCAUUCGUUUCAUUGAUGCUGAUUGCAGUUGUUUGCUGGGCCUUGAGAGCCAAGAUACCGGAGCUUGUAUCAAGUGAAGAGCGCAAGACUGGGUUUUCCAGUCCUCACUACUUCAUGAAGGAACAGGUGACCUAUCAGGAGCUUAUGAAAGCAACCGAUUGCUUUUCAGAGAGUGCUGUGAUUGGAAGGGGUGCUUGUGGCACAGUCUAUAAGGCUGUCAUGCCUGAUGGCCGGAAAAUUGCAGUCAAGAAGCUGAAGUCUCAAGGAGAAGGUUCCACCAUCGACAGAAGCUUCCGAGCUGAGAUAAACACACUUGGAAAUGUCAAGCACCGCAACAUUGUCAAGCUUUAUGGCUUCUGCUCCCAUCAGGACUCCAAUCUGAUCCUGUAUGAGUUCAUGGCAAAUGGUAGCCUUGGAGAGUUGCUUCAUGGCAGCAAGGAUGCCUAUCUACUGGACUGGGACACACGUUACCGGAUUGCUCUGGGGGCUGCUGAAGGCCUGCGGUAUCUUCACAGUGAUUGCAAACCGCAGGUCAUUCACCGUGAUAUCAAAUCGAACAACAUACUACUCGAUGAGAUGAUGGAGGCUCAUGUGGGGGAUUUUGGUUUGGCAAAACUUAUCGACAUGUCCAACUCCAGAACAAUGUCUGCUGUUGCCGGUUCAUAUGGCUACAUUGCACCAGAGUAUGCCUUCACCAUGAAGGUCACUGAAAAGUGUGAUGUUUAUAGUUUUGGAGUGGUUUUGUUGGAACUAUUGACUGGGCAAUCUCCAAUUCAGCCUCUUGAGAAAGGAGGAGAUCUUGUCAAUUUGGUAAGGCGGAUGAUGAGCAGUAUGACACCAAAUUCAGAAGUGUUUGACAGCAAACUGAAUCUGAACUCAAGGUUAGUUGUAGAAGAAAUGUCACUGGUGCUAAAAAUUGCGUCGUUCUGCACCAAUGAGUCACCCUUUGACAGACCUACCAUGAGAGAAGUCAUAUCCAUGCUGAUCGACGCUCGAGCAUCCUCCUAUGACUCAUUUUCAUCGCCAGCAUCGGAGGCGCCUACAGAAGAUGAUUCUUCUUUGAAACUUAAGAGGCUGAUAUAAUCAUUUUUUACCAGUCACGUAUGAUGUAUCAAGGGAGCAUCCACAAGUAAUUGAGUUCAUAGCUGAAGCCUGAUGGCCAUCUAGUGCAUGUGCUAUUGAGCUUCAAGAAGUUGUUGACUAUAACCUGACUUCUAAUGGAAAGGAGAUCUUUCUGAUUAACCACCUGUUGAAGGCUUGAAGCAUUUGAAGUGAAGUUGUUCACUCCUACCUCAGAGUGCUCUUUCAAUGCCAAUGGAGACAGACACCUAUUGAGUGUUCCUUUUCUGAAGCACUCAGGCAGAUAGGUUCAGUCAGCAAAACAUACAGAUUCACUCAUCACUAGCUUGAUAUAGUAGCAUUGCAUUGUACAUACUACAUAGACUAUAGUAUGCCUAUAAGAAAUAAUGAUAAACUAACCUCUGAAUUAUUAUUUUUAUUUUCUUUUUGACUUGCCACUAACUGUAACAUGAUGAAUUCAAACAAAUUACCAUAUGUGGACAAGCCUGCAGCUGCAGCCUCCUCAGUACCAAAAGUGGAUGCCUUGACCAUCUUUUUCAGCUCCUGUUGGGUUUGACUUGGUGUCCUGCAACCUGCAAGCAUGUCAUCAAAGGCACACAAAAUUAGGUGGUACUCCUGCAAGCUCUUGAUAAAAGUGUGCUAGCCUGAUCCAUGCUGCCACGGCUCAAAGGCAGGUUGGAAUGCACUUGCUGCUUUAUCAGACUGCACGCAACAGCUAACGACACCUAACAAAUAGUAACUGUACACUGAAAAUUCAUGGCUUUUAAAAGCUUUGGAGCUGACAUGUCGACGGCAUGCCUAAAAUUCGUGUACUGCCAGGAAAGUGAGAUAAUCUGACGAGAAAUAACUGAUUUAUUCAGAACGUGUAUCUAUUUUUCAUAAGCAGA